CUUGAAGUUGAAGUCAUUUUGUUUUUACUUCUCAGCAGUUUGUUGCCAAGUUGAUUUAUUAAAUUGAUUGAAAUACAGUGCUUUUUUGGAAUGUGCAGUAUUAGUUCCUAUUGUAUAGAGCGGCUGGUUUCGUUUGCUGUUUUAUAAUAUAAUAUUGCCAUGAAGUUGGCAGUGUUGCUGCUAUACUUCGCAUCUAACUAGCUCCGUUAAUCAAGAAGUCAGCUGAGAAGCUUGCUGUUAUAGCAAAUUUUGCUCAUUCAAUAGCAUUUCCUUCGGAAUACUAAGAGUGUUAUAUAAUUAUAUUCCACCAUUCUGGGAUCUGUCUCUUGAUAGAGGCCCAUGUGCAUAGCCCUUUUCAUCCCGAAUGAUGAUGUGCUUUCGUGUUGAGAGAUAUAAAUCUCCCGUAGCAAACUAUUGUGCUAUCUUCUCUUGGAUUGGAAUGGCUUGUUCUAGGAACAACAUUUUAUGACCUACUUUUGGACCACUUUCUGUGCUCUCAUGGCUAAAGAUCUGGUUAUUAUCUUCAAUUUCCGAUGUUUAUGCUCCAUUUUAUUUGCCCUCUCUGCCCUCUCAUCGAUCGUCUUCCUCUAUUGGUCUCACUGUUCUGGCCCCUGCCAUUCCCAAAACCAAAUGAUGGCGCUGAAGAAAAACAAUCCACAGAGCCUCUUUUCUUUUUCUUCUGCAUGGAAUUAUCUUUCAUUUCCUUCCAGCCCACCUCCCAAACUCCUUAAAAUUGCGCUUUUUGUCAAGAAAUGGCCACAUAGAAAUCUUGCAGGAGGGGUUGAACGGCAUGCCUUAACCCUUCACCUUGCCCUCGCCAAAAGAGGUCAUGAGCUCCAUGUCUUCACCGCUUCUUCCUCAAACUCUUCCUUCCCAAUAUAUCCAAUUGGCAACUUAUAUUUUCACCUCUCAAAACCAACAGCUGCUGGUUACCUUGACCAAGCGUCAAUUUGGAAGCAAUUUCAAACCCAAAACUCUACUGGAAAGCCAUUUGAUGUGAUCCACACUGAGAGUGUGGCUCUCCUGCACACACGAUCAAGGAACCUAACCAACAUGGCUGUUAGUUGGCAUGGGAUUGCAUAUGAAGCCAUACAUUCUAACAUCAUUCAAGAGCUUCUGCGAACUCCUCAAGAGCCUCGGGCAUAUGCAUUGACUGAAAGAGCUAUAAAAGUUGUUGAAGAAGUGAAGUUCUUCCCCAGUUAUGCCCACCAUGUGGCUACUAGUGAUUAUGCCGGAGAUGUCCUGAAGAGGAUUUACAUGAUCCCAGAAGAGCGAGUUCAUGUCAUACUCAAUGGUGUAGAUGAGGAGAUUUUCAAGCCAGAUGUUGCCAAAAGAAUGGAAUUUAGGCAGAAAUUUGGCAUUCCAGAAUCUGUGUCACUGGUUUUUGGGAUGGCUGGUAGGUUAGUUAAGGAUAAAGGACACCCAUUAAUGUUUGAAGCCUUGAAACAGAUGUUUGAAGAAAGCAAUGCAUUUCAGAGAAAUAUUUUGAUUCUUGUUGCUGGAGAUGGUCCAUGGGGUGCUAAGUACAAAGAUCUUCGGGCCAAUUUACUGGUUUUGGGGCCACUAGAACAAGCUCAGUUGUCAAGGUUUUACAAUGCUAUAGAUAUUUUUGUAAACCCUACACUUCGAGCUCAAGGAUUAGACCAUACCUUGUUAGAAGCAAUGCUUUCUGGUAAGCCAGUAAUGGCUACUAGGCUUGCUAGCAUUACGAGGUCUGUGAUUGUUGACACAGAAAUGGGUUAUACAUUUUCGCCAACGGUGGCAUCGCUAAAGAAAGCCCUUUAUGGUGUUUGGAGAGAUGGAAGAGGAGCCCUCGAGAAGAAAGGUGGGAUGGCUAGGCAGAGAGGUUUGGAAUUGUUCACUGCCACCAAAAUGACAGCUGCUUAUGAAAGGCUAUUCCUUUGCAUGUCAAACAAUGGAGGAAACAUGGAUGAUGCUUGCACGUAUCAAUCUCCAUUUUGAUGAAAAUAGAUAGAUCUGAUUUCAUUUAUGUGAAAAGUUAUUGGACUACUAUUCAAGCGUAGCUACAUUAUUCAAGCGCCUUUUGAGCUCUAUUUGCAAUACGAAGUCCAAGGGAUUUGCCUAGAGAAGGAAAAAAAACGCACAGGACAUGAUGCAUUUUAAUCUCGAUGCAAUGGAAGUGCCUAUGAGUCAAUUUAUUUGCUUCAUGGGCUCGUUGGGUUAUUUCCUUCCAUGUGGAGGAAAGCUCAAGUGGGCUUUAUUAAAAGCCCAAAGCCCAGCCCUUUCAGUAUGAAAACCUAAAGGAAGUUAUAAGAAGAGAAGAGAGAAGAGAGAAGAGUGGAGCCAUCACUUUUCAAAAGAAAGAAAAAAAUGUAAUUUUUCUCAUGCUAUCCAGAUUUCAUCAAAACUCCGAUGCCGCUUCGUCUGUGGUCCGAUUGAGCUGAAAUUUGGAGGAAAGGUUCACGACUCAAGGAGCUACAAUCUGAACGGUGGAGAUCAGAUUUGGAGUUCGGGAGUUGGGGUUUUUUCCCUUGAACAGUAAUCACGAAUUUGAUAUAUUCUCUCCAAUUUUCUUUGUAUUUGCCAAGAUUGUUGAUAUCUUGAUGAGAGACAUUUGUAUCCUCUAAUUACGAUUAGAGAAGACUUUGUGUACCCAUUAUUUAAUUGAUAGUGGAGAUUUUAAUUGGACUAGGUCCCGUGGUUUUUCUUCCUCACACUGGGGAAGUUUUUCACGUAAAAAAUUGCUUGUAUUCUUGUGGUUUUGUGUGAUUGAUUAUUUUUCUUAUUAUUUCCAGCACGUAUAAAAGUAGAGAUACACUAUAUUUGUUUGCAUAUAGGGAGAAGAAUUAUUCCGCUGUGGUUGUUUAUUGAUAUCUCUCCCAACAAAGUGGUAUCAGAGCCCAAUUCAUAGAUUGUCAGGUUGACAGUUUGAGUUAUGGAAGCAAAUACUAGUAGAAUGAUUAAGCUCAAUGGUUUAAAUUAUCACAUAUGGAAAGGAAAAAUGAAGGAUCUUCUUUAUGUUAAAGAUUAUUACCUACCGGUAUUUAGUGCUGAAAAAUCAGAAAAAAAAGUCUCAUGUGGAAUAGACUUUGUUAUAUCGACAAGUGUGUGGGUAUAUCAGGCAAUAGGUAGAUGAUAAUGUUUUGAACCAUAUUAGUGGAGAAACAAAUGCACUUUCUUUAUGGAAUAAGGUUGAACAGUUAUAUGUUAUAAAGACUGGAAAUAAUAAGUUGUUUCUGAUUAAACAAAUGAUAGCUUUGAGGUACCAAGACGGGACUCCUUUAUCUGAUCACCUGAAUACAUUCCAAGGAAUUAUUAAUCAAUUGGUUGGAAUGGGUAUUAAGUUUGAUGAUGAGAUACAAGGGUUAUGGUUGCUUGGUUCAUUACCGGACUCGUGGGAGACACUUAGAACUUCAUUGUCUAACUCCGUUCUAAAAGGUCUAAUCACAAUGGAUAUAGCCAAGAGUUGUUUGCUAAAUGAAGAGAUGAGAAGAAAAACACAGGGAUCCUCUUGACAGUCAGAGAUCUUGGUUACAGAAAAGAGGGGGAGAAGUAAGAGCAAAGGUCCGAAGAAUAGAGAUAAUAGUAGAAGCAAGUCCAACAAGUUUGCAAAUGUUGAGUGUCAUCAUUGCGGGAAAAAGGGACACAUCAAGAAAUAUUGCAGUUAAUUGAAGAAAGAAAACAAGAAUGAGAAAGGGAAGGGAACGAAGAAUGGAGAUGACAAAUAUGGUGAUGAUAGAGUUGCUACCACCACACCUACAGAAUUCCUCAUGUUUAUGAUGAUGAGAUGAUAAAUGUUGCAUAUCAUGAAACCAGUUGGGUGAUUGACAGUGGUGCCUCCAUUCAUGCUACAUCUCGAAAGGAUUUCUUUACAUCCUAUAGAUCUGGUGACUUUGGAAUAGUAAAGAUGGGAAAUGAUGGCUUGGUUAAAGUCAUUGGAAUUUGGGAUGUGUAUCUGAAGACAAAUAAUGGCACGAGUUUAGUUCUUAGAGAUGUGAAGCAUAUUCCUGACAUUUGUUUGAAUUUGAUUUCUGUAAGUAAACUUGAUGAUGAAGGGUACUGCAGCACUUUCAGUGAUGGCCAAUGGAAGCUCACCAGGGGUGCUAUGGUUGUGGCUCGAGGCAUGAAGCACUCUGCAUUGUACAUUCUGCAAGCAAAGAUCUCCAACGACAUUAUUAAUAUGAUGGAGGAUAAUGGUAUAGUAGAGUUGUGGCACAAGAGAUUGGCUCACAUGAGUGAGAAAGGAUUAGCUCUACUAGGGAAGAAAAGUCUACUAUGUAGACUGAAAAGUACACUUCUGAAAAGGUGUACUCAUUGUUUGUCAGGGAAGCAGAGCAGAGUUUCCUUCAAGAAUUCCCCUCAUUCGAGAAAGUCAGAGAUACUGGAUUUAGUACAUUCGAAUGUGUGUGGCCCUAUGAAGACGAGAACACUUGGUGGCUCCAGAUACUUUGUGACCUUCAUAGAUGAUCAUUCAAGGAAGUUGUGGGUAUAUAUCUUGAAGUCAAAAGACCAAGUGUUGGCUGAGUUCAAGAAAUUUCAAACCCAAGUUGAGAGACAGACUGGGAAGAAACUGAGGUGCAUCCGGGCUGACAAUGGUGGAGAGUAUUCUGGUCCAUUUGAUAAGUAUUGCAGACAGCAAGGUAUUCGGCAUCAAAAGACUCCUCCGAAAACUCCUCAAUUGAAUGGCAUAGCAGAAAGGAUGAACAGAACACUGCUUGAGAAAGUGAGAUGUUUGCUUUCACAAGCCCGGUUGCCAAAAUCCUUUUGGGGGGAGGUAUUGAGCACUGUUGUUCAUGUGUUGAAUCUUACACCCUGUGUUCCUCUACAAUUUAAUGUGCCAAACCGAGUUUGGACAGGUAAGGAUGUUUUCUAUAAUCAUCUGCGUGUUUUUGGGUGCAAAGCAUUUGUGCUAAUUCCAAACGAUGAAAGGUCCAAACUUGAUGAGAAAACACAAUAGUGUAUAUUCCUUGGCUACAGUCAAGAUAAAUUUGGAUACAAGCUUUAUGAUCCAGUUGAGAAGAAAAUUGUAAGAAGCAGAGAUGUCGUGUUUGUAGAAGAUAAAACGAUUCAAGAUAUUGAGAAGGUAGAGAAAUUUAUGUCUCAACAGGGUGACAGUUUGAUUGAUGUGGAUCCAGUUCCUUUGAAGAAUUUUUCAUCUCAAGUUGAGAAUAAUGUUCAGGAUGACCACCAGGGUAGAGGUGAUAUGGAUGUUCCCUUACAGGUUCAAGGAGAUGUUGAGACUGAUGAGCAGUUGACAGUGUCAAAGAUUCCACCAGAGAUUCCAUCCAGGAGGUCAGAUAGAGACCGACAUCCUUCCACUCGGUAUUUAGUAGAACAAUAUGUGUUAUUGACUGACGGGGGAGAGCCCCAGUGUUUUGCAGAAGCCAUGGAAGAUGAACACAAGACAGAGUGGGUUGAGGUCAUGCAAGAUGAGAUGCAGUCAUUGUAUGAUAAUCACACCUUUGAGUUAAUGAAGCUACUUAAAGGAAAAAGAGCUUUGGAGAACAAGUGAAUUUACAAGAAGAAGCCAAAUGAGUUCUCUUCACGACCAUGGUUCAAAACUAGAUUAGUUGUAAAAGGGUUCGAUCAGAGAAAAGGUAUUGAUUUUGAUGAGUACUUGGUUUAGCAGCUAGUCUUGACUUGGAAGUUGAGUAUAUGGAUGUGAAAACUGUCUUCCUUCAUGGUGAUUUGGAGGAAGAGAUUUAUAUGAAGCAGCUAGAGGGUUUCAGAGUGAAAAGGGAAAGAGGAUUAUGUGUGCAAGCUGAAGAAAAGCUUAUAUGGUUUGAAACAAGCACCGAAACAGUGGUAUAAGAAGUUUGAGUCUGUUAUGGGGGAGCAAGGCUACAAUAAGACAACUUUAGAUCACUAUAUAUUUGUUCAAAAAUUCUCUGAUGAUGAUUUUUUUUUUUUUGGAUAACCCGGGAUGAUUUUAUUUUCUUACUGCUUUAUGUGGAUAACAUGCUAAUUGUUGGCAGGAAUGCUUCAAGGAUUGACCAGUUGAAGAAGCAAUUGAGUAAGUCAUUUGCUAUGAAGGAUUUGGGGCCAACAAAGAAAAUUCUUGGCAUAAGAAUCAGUCGUGACAGGAGUGCCAAGAAAUUAUAUUUGUCACAAGAGGAGUACAUUGAGAAAGUGUUUCAGAGGUUCAAUAUGGACAAAGCUAAAGUAGUUAGCUCUCCUCUUGCUACCCACUUCAAACUAAGUACAAAGGAAAAGGAAGACAUGGAAAGAGUUCCUUACGCCUCAGCAGUAGGAAGUUUGAUGUAUGCAAUGGUUUGUACAAGACCAGAUAUAGCCUAUGCAGUUGGUGUAGUUAGCCGAUUCUUGUCAAAUCCGGGAAAAGAGCACUGGAAUGCAGUGAAGUGGAUCAUGAGGUAUCUUCGAGGCACUUCCAAUUUGAGACUUGGUUUGGGAAACGGACAACCAUUGUUAGUUGGCUACAAAGAUGCAGAUAUGGCUGGGAAUGUGGACACUCGUAAGUCUACUUCAGGCUAUUUAAUAACUUUUGUAGGUGGAGCUAUAGCUUGGCAAUCGAGACUUCAAAAGUGCAUUACUCUUUCUACGACAGAGGUAGAGUUCAUUGCAGCAACGGAAGCGACUAAAGAGUUGUUAUGGACAAAGAAGUUCUUGAGAGAACUUGGUUUCGAGCAGCAGAGGUAUGUGUUGUUUUGUGAUAGUCAGAGUGAUAUUCAUCUUGCUAAGAAUUCCAGUUUCCAUGCAAGAUUGAAGCACAUUGAUGUACGAUACCAUUGGAUCAGAGAAGCGUUGAACGAUAAGUUAUUGGAACUUGAGAAGGUUCACACUGAUGAUAAUGGUUCUAAUAUGUUGACAAAGACACUACUAAGGGAGAAGCUUGAAGUUUGUUGUUCGAUCGCCUGGAUGGCGAUUCCCUCCACAUAGUUGGAAAGGGAGAGAUUUGUUGGGUUAUUUCCUUCCAUGUGGAGGAAAGCCCAAGUGGGCUCUAUUAAAAGCCCAAAGCUCAACCAUUUUAGUGUGAAAACCUAAAGGAAGUUAUAAAAAGAGAGGGGAGAAGAGAGGAGCCGUCACUUCUCAAAAGAAAGAAAGAAAAACGUAAUUUUUCUCAUGCUGCCCAGAUUUCAUCAAGACUCCGAUCUUGCUUCGUCUGUCGUCCGAUCGAGCUGAAAUUUGGAUGAGAGGUUCACGACUCAAGGAGUUACAAUCUGAACGGUGGAGAUCGGAUUUGGAACACGAAAGUUGUGUUUGCCCUUGAACAGUAACCUUGAAUUUGGUAUAUUUUCUCCACUUCUCUUUGUAUUUGCCACGAUUGUUGAUAUCUUAAUGAGAGAUAUUUGUAUCCUCUAAUUACGAUUAGAGAAGAUUUUGUGUACCCAUUAUUUGAUUGAUAGUAGAGAUUUUAACUGGAUUAGGUCCCGUGAUUUUUCUUCCUCACACUGGAAAAGUUUUCCACGUGAAAAAUUGUUUGUGUUCUUGUGGCUUGGUGUGAUUGAUUAUUUUUAUUAUUAUUUUCAGCACGUAUAAAAGUAGAGAUACACUAUAUUUGCUUGCAUAUAGGGAGAAGAAUUAUUCCGCUAUGGUUGUUUAUUGAUCUCUCCCAACACAGUCAAGGGUAAAAAUUGCAGAGCUUGAAGCGGCUAAUAGGGCUGGAGACACUACAAAACUUCUGAAGAAGAAAAGAGACUUGUAAUAUGGCUACUCUUGUGUUAGCAGCACAAUAUGAGAUAGAUUUACUUCUACAAACAGGUUACUUUGUCCAAACAGGGAAGUGAAAAGAGAACCCGAGUUUUGAAUAUAUAUAUAUAUAUAUAUAGUUUUUCUUGCACAUACUUCCAAAGAGCUUCAAAGCAAAGCUUGAAAUUGCUGUGAUUAUUCCUGGAUGUUGCAACAUAGCUUGCGACUUCAUUUUAGAAGCCAUUGGUGUAUGUUUUGUGUAUGUUCUGCUGUUGGAUUGAGGGGAUGCUGGGAGUAGAAAUGUAAAAGAAUAAUAUGUUGAAGCACCUCAAACCAUCUGAGAUUUUUAAGGAGCACCAGAACCGUGUUAAAUUUGGUUUCUUGUACUCCUUAUCUGAAUUGAAUGCUCUAGGCAUUGGGCUGC